AUGCUGCGUUCACCGUCUCAACCUCCCAUACCUGAAUGGAAAAAUGACUGGAAACAAAUUCAGCCUGCAUUACGCAAAAUUCGGCGGUCCAUGGCAUCGCUACCAACCUCGUCUCUCAAAGUCAUGCGAGUUAGUCAGCUGGAUUCCGACAUUCUCGAUUUUGAACUCUUUGACAUUCUCAAACAACAACUCUGGAAUGCGUUGGAACUUUUCAAGCCCACAUUUAAAGAAUCGCUCGAGCCCGAACUACUCGCCAUCCUCAAUUUUGUCCUCUUCAAACUCUCGGUUUAUGAUUCUUCGGCGACCUAUGGCGCACAGUUGCAAAACUUGAAGUAUCGCAACGAAUGGAAGCAUGGGGGUGCAUUGGAAUCCAUUGCUACGGAUGCUCCUUUGACAAAGACACAAAAGAUUAUUUAUGGUGUAUUGACGGUUGGGGGACAGUAUGCUUGGACAAGACUCAAUCGAUUGGUUACUAUACGUGGCUGGGGUGAGCUCGACGAGACGGAUAUGCGUUACAAGUUUUAUCGAUUGCUACAAGCCGGUGAAAAGUACUGGAAGGCAUUCUCACUGCUGAAUUUCCUCGUGUUCCUUUACAACGGAAAAUAUCGCACAUUGAUUGAUCGCAUUCUCGCUAUGCGUUUGGUCUAUGCAAAGAAAUCAUUGAAUCGCCAAGUCAGUUUUGAAUUCCUGAAUCGACAGAUGGUGUGGCACGCAUUUACGGUAGGCUGUCGUGGAUAA